AUUCAAGAAAGAGGAAACAAAAAGGUGACAAUGUCGGAAAUACGACUAAGAAGAUGAAGGGUGGACAUGGCGGACAGGUUGUUUCAUCGUUGUUCAGAUACAAUCUGGAUAUACCUAAAGUUGUCAGCUCGAAAGUAACAGAAUUAAAAGAAGAUGUGUUUUCAUCAGAUUCCUUCAGUCAUCUCUCUCUCCACCCCUUCAUGGUACAUGCACUGGAAGAAAGGCUGCAGCUGACACAGAUGACUGCUGUACAGCAGCGAGCCAUCCCCACAAUCCUGCAGGGUCAGGAUGCCCUCAUCAAGUCACAGACUGGCUCAGAGUGUGCAUCCAGACCAGGGCUGGCGAAACAGGUCAGUUUUAGACUCAUCCUCCAACCACGACAGAUUCAGUGGUCCCCUACACCUGACAGCCGUCAGGUAGGAGAAAAAGUGUGCAAACUGAUCCAAUACUUGCGCAUGAUCCAGUACUGUCAGGAACUGCUCCUGCAUCAGAACCAUGGCUCCUCUAAUGUAGGCCUGUUCAGGCAACAACUCAUGCGCAAGUGGCUGUAA